ACGAAAUUGAACAACUAUUGUCGCGUAAACACCCUAAGAGCGGUCCGAUAGUUUAUGACGCUACGUUGCCUUUAAUACUCCCUUGUGGCACAUUGGUAAAUAAAGAAGUCACAUUCAGAGGUAUGAACCUAUAAAUCACCUCAAAGUCUCUUUAUUUGUUCGACAUAGUUUAAAUCCCGUCACGAUGGGGUUCCUACGUCUUACUACUAUUUCAAAUUUUGUCAAUGCAAGUGGGUCAGCUUUUAUGCAAGGACUACCUUAGGAGUGCGACCUAAUCUAGUCUCACGUCACUCAUUGUCCUGCAGCAAGAGGAGUCAAGAAAUGGUUCAUAUGGAACUUAUACGUAAAUUCCCACUGCUAAUGGCUCUACGUCGCAUAUCCACUUAUGAAAACAGACUUCACAGAACCACACCAUUGAUACCAGUUAUUUCACGUUGUGCUUCAGUGUUUUCCUCCUUCCGAUCAAAGUUCGGACAACAAUCAGAAAAAGAAAAGGAAAAGCCUGAUGAUCGUGAAUGGGUAGACGCAGUUCAAGAAAUUGAGAAAUCAGAGGUGUUAAAGUUAAAACGAUCUGAUGUCAGUAUGAGCAGAACAGAACUUCGGGAGUGGAAAAAACGAGCAUUUUUGCAUAUUUUGGAAGUGUUUAUCCAUCGGUCGGGACCCACUAGAAAAGGUUUCAGUGCAUUUAUUCAACAGGCGCUGGCUAAAAUGCCUGAAUAUGAAGUAGCUGAUGAUUUAGAGUGUUAUAAAGCUGUUAUCCGAAUAUUUCCCACUGGGCGUAUGACUGUCACACGUUAUCUUCAAGCUGAAUUCGGCCACUAUCCAAGACAACAGCAAAGAAUGAUUGAUGUACUAAAUCAAAUGACAGAUCAUCAUGUCCUUCCAGAUGAUGAAGUAGGCCAAAUGAUUAUCGACGUCUUUGGUUGGCGUAAUCAUGCUAUGCAACGUUAUCGUCGUAUUAUGUAUUGGAUGCCUAAAUUAUAUCACAGUAAUCCCUGGGCUGUACAAUUUCGGAUUAUCGAUGAUCUUGAUCAAAAUCCAAUCAAGCUGGGUUAUUUAAUUGCUGAAAGGAUUUGUCCCGAUCGUAUGACGGAAUUCACUGUUGUGCGGAUGCCUGCAGCGUCUUCGUCGUACUCAUCUACACCUACCACAGAAGAACCAGAUUCAAUUAUCAGUGCACAGAGUCCCGAGCAACGCGCACUACUAGCGUACUGCACUAAACAGAAAAGUAAUGAUUGUAAACCAACUAUUUAUUUAGAUGGGCCUCAUUAUGUGUGGUAUCGAAAUUUACAGGCCGCUUAUUAUACAUUAUGGACAGAGAUCAGUGCUGAUCGUUUGAAAAGAGAAGCCGAUGCCGUCAAAAUCAAUCAAGUGUCGAAGUUUAGCGCAACAGAGCCUUGGAAUCUUAAAUUUCUUAAAUAUUCAAAAAGCAAUCAUAAUAUAGUGUUGAAUGAUACAGACACAAAUGGCACCAGUCAGUCACUUCUACCUCACAUAAGUCUCUUACCGAUUGCGAAUCCAGUUGGCACUGAAGUACGUGUUUCUAAUAGUGAUGUCAGCACAAAGUAUAUAGCUAUGUCUGAGCCAGAAUAUGACAAUCGUUGGCUAACCAUUCGCCAGAGUCAUACGUAUAAAUAUUUACCCGGCAAUCUAUGUCAACAUGAACAAGGUGAAGGUACAAUUCUUGCUGUUGGUAUAGUUGUCCCAACGCCAGAUGCUUUAGAUAAUCAAAAGAAGUUAUACGAUUGGGAGGUUUCCAAUAAAAUUGAUCAUAUAGAGUCUAAAGAUUCCAUUAAUCGACAAAGGCAUCAUGAGAGAUCUGCUUUACCACCAGUUCCAAAACCCGCACCGUCUGCAUUAUUACGUCUUUGGCUAAAUGAAUUGCAUUCAAAGAAUCCUUGUUUCGAUGAAGCUACAUUAGUGAUACGAGUCCCAACGAUUAUUGACAAGCAAAGUAACUUUAAUGUGGAUGAUGAUAUCAGCAAUCACGAUGAUGUACAUUCUGUAGAUAAAGAAAAUGAUUCGAUGAUGCAUAAGUCCUAUAACUAAUUAAAUUAAUUCACUUUUAUUUGUAUUCAGAAAUUGUACAUAUUUUCUUAUAAAUUCUCAUUUUUUUUCCCCUCUGGAGUGUUUUUUAUACCAAAAUGCAAUGUAAUAUUCGCUUUCCGGACUUCAGUUGUCCAAAUUAGUAAGGUAUUUUCAAUGUAAAUGUCAAGCGAUAAGGUAGAUAGUAAUAAUUAUAAUCUUAUUAAUCAUAUGCUGAUUAAUUAUAGGUUUCAAAAUUAUAUUUAACAUCACAAAAACCCUUCAGCUAAGUAGUGAAACAUGUUUCUUGUCAUCAAUAGUUGAAAAGAA